AUGACAAACACCAAAGGUUAUCGUCGAGGCACAAGAUACUUAUUCUCUCGAAAAUUCAGGCAUCAUGGACCUCUGCCAUCUUCGGUUCAUAUGCGAGUGUAUCGACGUGGUGAUAUCGUUGAUAUAAAGGGUGAUGGUGGUGUCCAGAAGGGUAUGCCCCACAAGUCAUAUCAUGGUCGAACUGGUCGCGUCUAUAACGUCACUCCACAUGCUGUUGGAAUAAUCGUCAAUAAACGUGUCGGUAAUCGUAUAAUUCCUAAACGAAUAAAUGUAAGGAUUGAACAUGUGAAGCCCAGUAAGUGCAGAGAAGAUUUCCUCCGUCGUGUGAAAGAGAAUGACGUAAAAAGACGGGAAGCAAAAGAAAGAAAUGUGUUUGUCCAGUUGAAGCGACAGCCUGCCCAGCCAAGGAUAGCUCACUUCGUAAAGACCAAAAAUAAUCCAGUUGUCACUGUCCAUCCGCUACCGUAUGAACUCAUUGCUUAA